CCAUGCUGGGCGGAGGAAGGCGGCGGAGGACUGACCGAGAUUUGCAUUAAGUGAUCCGCAUGAGUCAAAAUGCUAGAUAUUUACCUGGAAGGCUGGCAAAGACCAGGCAUAGGUCAGCUCUGUUUGACUAUGUACUCGUGUGCUGUGAUGUUCGUGGUGCGGUACUGUAAGUUGAGAAAUUACAACCUUAUUCUAGUCAAAACGGAGGGACCCUCUGACAACUGUGACAUCAUUGUCUCUGAAUGCUGCAUUUCUGAACGCUCUUCAUUGACAAACACAAAUGCCAUGGGUCUUCCGUCAGAUGUGGCCAGUUGUAGACUACCUGUAGUAAAGGGACAUACAGAUAAUACGAUACGAUCGGGAUUGUGCUCUUCUGUACGAUAUAUUGCCCUCCAAGCUCAUCAAAGUUCACCUACAGAACACUUUGAUGAAAUCUUGGGUUUUCGUGGAGGAACCCUCAAAUCUUGCGCGGAGGUAUCAAGUUGGACAAGAUUGUGUGAGGUGGAGAUCCCAGGAGCUGUUUGUGGUGUACAGAAAACUCUGAAGUAUAGCAGUGAGGCAAGGAGUUGUGAGAGCCUCGUGUUCCCAUCUGAGAUAGAACGACUGGAGAAGCACUUGAGAACACCCGUGCUACUGCAUAAUGAUGACAAAAAGAAAGGAGAGGUUCUUUCUGCUCUUCGUAAGAGAUUUACGAAAUCCAGUCUAAGUCAUUUACUGCAAGGUAAAUUAGAAUGUGAAAACAUGACAGAUCAUGUGAUGAAGAUAUUACAGCAAGACAUUUGGAAGGAACAUUGUGUGACAAAGUUCCAGAUUUUGAAAAAGUUUGAAGGAAUUGAUACGGUGAUUCCUGGAAAGAAGAAACAUAAGAAAAAACGGAAAGGAAAACGUAAGGAGAGACUUGAAUUGCUGAAGACUGCUGCUGGAAACAACGUGGUGUUGGGAGCUGUUGAUGAUUCAGAAAGGAGUGAAGAAAGCGGACGUGGCCAAAACUGUGAACUGCAGGCAAAAAACAGCUGUGAUGGCAGCCCCCCAUGCCCAGACAGUGAUACAACCAUCACAAAAACAAUAAAAGCCCUGGAUACACUUGUUACAAAUGGGCUCUCAAUAGAUUCAGAAGAAGCCUCCAUUGGAAUCCAACACCCAGCUGCCCAGUCUUGUGAGAAGGAUGUCAGUCUACAUGUAGACACAUCAGGGAACCAAUCAGAUGUCUUGUCUCACCUUGUUCGGUUCAUCCACAGCCUGGAGGCAGCUGAUGUUCACUUGGAUCACUGUUAUGUAGAAGGGAUAAAACUUACUCUGGCAGACCUUCUUCUCUUUGUCUUCAUUCAUUUCUUCCUGGUUUCCGUUCAGUCAUCAGGCUUCUCUGUCCAGAAAUGCUGUCCAGCUAUCCUUCAGUGGUACAGUCACAUGACCUCCCUGCCAAGAGUGAGGGCAGUAGCAGAGGAUUGUGGGAUGGCUGUCCUACAUGUAUCUCACCAAUCAAACUCCAUUCUGGUCAAAGAAAUGACUGUUGUCUUGUCAGAUGACACAAACACCUUAGACAUGGAGACUACUUUGAGCCACCACAGUAAAGGACACUGUAGACCACUCAAACCCGACGUGGCAAAUGCGCUUCAAAAAGUCCAGUCUGCUAACAUCAGCCCCAGGGUAGGAGAACACCCCUGUGGUGAGGACAUUCAUCUUGACUGGUUAGCCUUCCCAAAAGAGGUUUAUCCAUUUAACGACAGUUUACCCAAGUCCAAGGUUCAAAGUAAAUGUGAACAGCUGGAGAAUCUUGUCAGUGCUGUGGUGAAGAUUGCUCAGCCAGGUCAUGUGAUCGUAGACUUUUGUUCUGGAGGGGGUCAUUUGGGUAUUGUCAUUGCCUACUUGCUACCAGAUUGUGCCAACAUGGUGUAUCUCAUCGAGAAUAAAGAAGAGUCCUGUCAUGAGAGCAAAGAAGAGGUUGAUGACCUUAGAUUGAACAAUGUCAUAUUAUUCCAGUGUAACAUGGAUUAUUUUAACGGACAGUUUGACAUAGGUGUGUGUCUACAUGGCUGUGGCGUGGCUACUGACAUGGUGCUACAGAAGUGUCUGGACAAUCAGGCUGCCUUCGUCGUCUGCCCGUGUUGUUAUGGGAAAGUCCAGAACACCCACAACAUCACUUACCCCAGGAGUGACAGGUUCAGAGAGGCUGGGCUCACAGCAAAGGAGUACAUUAUUUUGGGCCAUGCUGCUGAUCAAACUGAAGUUGGCAUUGAACUAGAAGAACAAGGAAAGCACUGUAGUAACCUGGUGGACACAGACAGAGGACUUCUCUUCCAGCAACACGGCUACUCCGUAACCCUGUGCUCACUCCAGCCAGUCACAUGUACCACCAAGAACAACCUGCUGAUUGGUGUCCCACCUGGGAAGUCACGAUGACAACAGUAACACUAGAACGCCUGUGCUCACUCCAGCCAGUCAUGUGUACCAGUACCACCAGAAACAAUUUGCUAACUGGUGUCCCACCUGGGAAGUCACGAUGACAACAGUAACACUAGAACACCUGUACUCACUCCAGCCAGUCACAUGUACAACCAAGAACAACCUGCUGAUUGGUGUCCCACCUGGGAAGUCACGAUGACAACAGUAACACUAGAACACCUGUGCUCACUCCAGCCAGUCAUGUGUACCAGUACCACCAGAAACAAUGUGCUAACUGGUGUCCCACUUAGGAAGUCACGAUGACAACAGUAACACUAGAACACCUGUACUCACUCCAGCCAGUCACAUGUACCACCAAGAACAACCUGCUGAUUGGUGUCCCACCUGGGAAGUCACGAUGACAACAGUAACACUAGAACACCUGUGCUCACUCCAGCCAGUCAUGUGUACCAGUACCACCAGAAACAAUGUGCUAACUGGUGUCCCACUUAGGAAGUCACGAUGACAACAGUAACACUAGAACACCUGUACUCACUCCAGCCAGUCACAUGUACCACCAAGAACAACCUGCUGAUUGGUGUCCCACCUGGGAAGUCACGAUGACAACAGUAACACUAGAACACCUGUGCUCACUCCAGCCAGUCACAUGUACCACCAAGAACAACCUGCUGAUUGGUGUCCCACCUGGGAAGUCACGAUGACAACAGUAACACUAGAACACCCAGUCAUGUGUACAACCUGCUAACUGGAGUCCCACCUGGGAAGUCAUGAUGACUACAGUAACACUAGAACACCUGUGCUCAUUACAGCCAGUCACGUGUACCACCAAGCACAACCUGCUGAUGGGUGUCCCACCUAAGAAGUCACAAUGACUACAGUAACACCAGAAGACCUGUGCUCACUACAGCCAGUCACGUGUACCACCAAGCACAACCUGCUGAUUGGUGUCCCACCUAGGAAGUCACAAUGGCUACAGUAACACCAGAAGACCUGUGCUCAUAACAGCCUCAGUGGUACAAGUGAUUGGACAGUGUUGCAGAGUGAUGAGGUGAUAAAACAAAGAGAUGGUAUGAUGAUUUGAAGCAAUAGUACAAUGACAUAACAUAAAAUGAGUGUCAUUGUGUAAUUUCUUCGGCCGAUGUCUCAUUGCUUCACAUCUUUGUGUCAUUGUGUCAGCGAGCAUCGUAUACUGCUAUGACACAAUGAUAAUCUGUCUUUUAUACUUUCCCAUUGUAUACUUUCUGCACUGGAGAGUUUCGUACUAGUCUAAGGAUAUUUUAUUUUUUAUCUGAAAUGUAUUAAGCGCAGUAAGUGCCUUGAUCGCUUAUUUCAUUAAUGACCUCUUCCCGGACAAACGUAUGAUGAUACCUCUUAUAUUUCUUACAUGAUGCAACUAGACAUCUGUGCCCAUUUAUUUAGAAGUCUUGGUUCUGUUUUUUGAAGGUGAGCAUGAAGUAUUUGAGUUUUGUCUGUGAAACCAGACAUCCUUUAUCAUUAUUAAGAUGUAGUACAAAAAUUCUGAAUUUAACGUUUCAACGUUUUGUUGAGGUCAGUUGUGUUCUGUCAUUGUCUUACAACACUUAAUGUCUAUAUAAUCAGUGCAUUUUAACAUGGUUGAAUAUACAGUAUUGAAAUUAUCCACAAAAGAGAUCACUUUUA